UGUCAACUGCUUUUCUGUGCUCUGUGCUGCUGCGUCCUUGCGCCGGCUGUGCCAUAUUCUCUCUCUCAUCCACUCGAGGAGGCUCGAGUGACAUCCAACCCGGGUGCACAGGAUCCCCGCGGCUUUCUGCUGUGCGACUUGGAGGAUCGAGUGCGGUAUUGUAUAUCUGCGGCGCCACCUGCGGUAACUUGGUUCGCCGGCAGGGAAGCCGUGAAAGCAAUAGAUCACGUGCGGCGGCACCGUACACGCACGCCCGGUUGACACAGGACACUGCCUAAAGAGGCGCGAGCGGCAGAACGGCAAAAGCAGAAGCAUCUAACGGUGCGCCGCAAGUGAGUGUGGCCGCCCAUCGUCAUGAGGCCGGUGGGUGCUACGACUGUAGACUCCAGCGUGAUGGACGUCACAGCGGAUAGCGUUGGCAGUGGGCCUGCGGCGGCGGCAACUGGCUUGGAGAUGGUGGAGAACGACAGAGAUGAGGUGGAGGAAUUUCACGGCGAGGGAGAGGUCAGCUCCCAGUGUUGCGGGAGGCUUUCGCCCACGGCUAUCGUUUACAUGUCGGCCUUCGUCUCCUCUCUCACUUCCGUUCUUCUGGGCUACGACGUCGGAGUGAUAUCCGGGGCCAUCAAGUACAUCCAGGAGGACUUCGGCCUCAGCACACUCCAAAAGGCGAUCAUUGUGUCGUCGCUAAACCUGGUGGCCGCGGGAGGGGGCCUCAUCGCGGGCAGCGUCUCGGACACCCUGGGCAGGAAGCGCUCCAUCGCCGCUGCGUGCCUGGUGUUCAUCACGGGGAGCAUCAUCAAGAUCGCCGCUCAAUCUUUCGGGGUCCUCCUGCUAGGUCGCAUCGUCACGGGUAUCGGAGUGGGCUGCGGGUUCGUGGUAGCGCCGGUCUACAUCGCCGAGAUCACGCCGCCGCAUAUCCGAGGACGGCUGACGUCUCUAACAGAUAUCUCCAUCAACAUGGGCAUCGUCAUCGGGUACCUGGUUGCAUUCGGCGUUGCCUCCACCGUUGAAGACGACAGCGGUAAGUGGAGGACAAUGCUCGGCAUUUCCAUCGUGCCCCCGUUCAUCAUCCUCUCCAGCUUGUGUCUCUUGCCAGAGUCACCUCGUUGGCUGCUAGGGAAGGGGCGGGAGGUCGAAGCCUUUGCGGUGCUGUGCACGAUUGUGCCGACGGGAGACGUAGCGAAGCGAGAGCUGGCCGAGAUGAAGACGAUCGCGGGAGAAGAAGACAGCGCCAAAAGUUCGUGGAGCGAGCUGGUGUGCACCGCAUCUCCUGCGCUCAAGUCCACCGUGCUCCUGGGUCUCGGACUGGGUAUCGCCCAACAGGCUAGCGGAUCGGAGGCCGCGGUGUACUACUCGCCCUCUGUUCUCUCCGACGCCGGGCUCAAAUCGGACUCGGCUGAGCUGGGAGGAAACAUCCUGGUGGGGUUGUUCAAGCUCGGCGGGGAAGUGUUUGCGUAUUUCUUAGUGGACCGGACCGGGCGGCGGCCUCUGUUCAUCGCAAGCUCUUCCCUCGUCACCUUCUUCUUGGUCUUCUUGGGCCUCACCUUCUCGGCUUCGGCCCCGGCCUGGAUGACCCUGAGCGGGCUGUGCCUGUUCAUGUGGUCCUUCUCUCUCGGAAUGGGGGCGCUCACCUUCCUCGUCGCCGCUGAGAUUUUUCCGCUGAGGUACCGCGGCAGAGGGGUGUCCCUGACGGUGUGCGUCAACCGCCUCACGAGUGGCUUGGUCGCGCUGGCGUUUCCCCUCCUGGAGAGGGGCUUCACGGCCGGCGGCACCUUCUUCCUCUUCAGCAUCUUCUCUGUGGGCACCGUGUGGUUCUACUACACCAAGAUACCGGAGACGAAGGACAGGACCCUGGAGGAAAUUUCCGCGGGUGCCGCAAAGGAGGCAUCUGAGGGUGACACGGCGACCGCGCUCGGCUUCGCCCCCACCGCAGAGCCCGGGACUGUUGAUUCUCUCUGACUCAGGCCCCUCUUUUAGUUUAAUACAUGUUUGUCGUCCUUCAUUUGUUGUAUGCUUCCUCGUGAGGCUUAGAAUGGCAGCGGUGAGGGGAUUUGCUCUUUCAACACGAACCCCCUCGAGGAGGCUGGUCUUUUUUCUGGUGCUGCUAAUGGGAUUUUUGUUUGUGUGUGUCUAGGUAUGGCGUACUCGAAGAGUUUAACGAGUUUCGGGUGAAGGUAAUGGCGGGAGAGACGCAGAGUGCGCGAUGCCGACGCAGCUGUGUGAGGGGGCAGGGUAGGGAGAGGGACACACGCAUGCGACAUGUUGCCGAACACCUCACGCCCAUGCAUAGCCUCCUUGAUUUCAGUCGAAUGAAGUGGCUUCCAAGUGAUCGGUUCCAACUCGUUAGCAGCUGUGUACGGGAAAACACGUGCUACGUGCUGCGCCCUCUCGCUUGUGGUACAUAGAUAGGUUUGUUUGUGAGCUCUGCAGCAUGGCAUCUUUACGGCGUUUUUUUUUGCUGAGGACGAACACGGUAAGCGAAGAGAGGGACGAUUGCAUCAUACGUUUCUCCGCGUUCUCUACCGCUCUCACAAAUUUCUCCCUGCAGCGUUUAGUAUUGUGUCUGUCGUGGCCUCUGCUUUACGAAGUUUUUUUCCGGGGUUAGGCGAGGUCGUUAGAUAUUGUCUUAAGUGGGCGGGCGGAAGGGGGAGGCUCGCGCUAUAUUUUGUACAAAAGGUUAAUUGAGGUUUAGUGGCGCUGCUGUUCACUCGCUGCUGAUGGGGCGUGCUUGCUGCGUCAUUUGUUUGUGCUGUCUGUAUUGAUGGAAAAGCGUUUCUUCGGAUCCUACUGCUGCGGUGUGUUGCACUAUUCCGUAGAUGAGGAAUUUUGUUUCUUUUCCGGGCGCUGAAUGUAGCAGGUGAUUGGAAUGUCGAGCAGCAAGCACGAUAUUAUUGACCAUAUCUCCGCACAAAAGUCUGCAAGCGACGAGAAAGAACAAAAGAAAAGGACGCAACAGUCCAAGCUAAAAGGAUUUCCUCCCUCGCCGGGAAUUGAACCCGGGUCUCAUCGGUGAAAGCGAUAUAUCCUAACCAUUGGACUACGAGGGAAGUCGAUAUUGGGGAGUACGUGGCGGAUGUACUGAAUAUCAUUGAUUCACAUGUUGUAGGAGGAUUUGGGAAAUGUGUUUGAGUAGAAGUGUUAUUUUGGUACAAUCAAUGUCGUGGGUUGACAAGCCUUACCCCUUUUAUGUUAUACAUAUGCGCAGCAGGCCAUUGUUUGCAGGCACGCCCGUCAGCUAGGCUGUUUGCGUGUGCAAGUCUACAACGGACUACAGUACCGUAUUUUACUGCGGCUGUAACCUGGAUGAUACUACUACUGCUGUAGGCUAGAAGACUAUAUCUACACUAUGUAGUCUACAACAAUACUGCGUGUUGAUGCAUAUCCUUGUGCAUUCUGUUCCAUAGCAAACAAACGCGCCAUACACAGAUAGUCUAGAUGAAUAACAAUCAUCAAUUCGUCAGCGCAAAAAAAAAACGCAUGUGUGCAAUCAACGGACUUCGUGUAGAUGAUGCACGUGAUGAGGAACGGCGCGAGACGCCGCUUGGAAAAGAAUAGCGUUACGAAUUGUUGUUUUCUUCACAUUAAAGUCGUGUCAGUUGCUAACCCGAAAAUCUAGCAAAGGCUCGGUUCAUGGUCACAAAAUGCUAUGCAUAGCGUCAGAGGAUCUAAACAAACUUAUAACACACAACAUUGCGCGCCCUGAACUUGUACCAUGCCCACCAUGGUGUUACUUUACAGGCAGCAGCACCCCAGGCAGCUGGGCUGGAGUCGACAACCAUUCAUUUUGGUAAAGUGCCGGACAGGGGGAAUGAUGCUGCUGUUGUAGUCGAAUGUAGUGUGUGGACGUCGGGUAGGGUUCAGUUUUUGGGCACGCAACGUGCUGCAGGGAUGCAGGUGUACUUCCUCGGGCUUGUGUGCCCUUUUCUUGCUAGUUUUGCGUGUUCUUUGGAUCUCUCUUCUGGUAUGGCUCUUCUAGCAUUUUUUGUGACCACGGACCGACCGCGUCUUUGCUAGUUUUGCGAUUAGCAACUAACACGAGGUUAAUGUGAAGACGACAUCAACAACAACAACAAAAACAACAACAACAACAACGCUAUGACGAAGGGGUAAAAUGCGUGUGAAUCACAAAAAGUACGGGCGUCAAGACGCCGAAAACAGGCGAACAAGAUCGACCUCGAACCAGUCAACGCCAAUGAUAUGGGGAUGGAUGGAGUGUAGACGCAUCGUAGAACGCGUUUUCGUUUGAAGUUGGCGUCUUGUUUGAGAGUAGAUGUGACAGAUUUGCGUAGAAUAGUAGGGUAAGAUGUUAUCAUGAACGGAGAAGAAAGGGCUUUUCCAACACGGACAUGUAGCAUGGAUCAAAGCAUUUAUUUUUUGGAUUUCAGCUUUUUUUACAAGAAGAGGACAUGAACGCAGGAGUAUUUUAGCAAGCUUACGAACGCAUGUAGGAUACCAUGAGGAUU